UUAAGUUCAAGUCCUUCUUUAGCAGAAAUCGCGCUCUUCAAAAGAAGAUACAUUUGGUACAGAAAUGCCUGUUGGUUGCAUUUGAUAUGUAUGUAUCCUGUUAGUUCAUCAGAAUAACGUUUAUGUCUAUUUAAUUAUUACGUUGACAUUUAUUGUGUGCCUAGCAUUUAUCAGGUAUAGGUUUGUUUUGUCUUGAAUGAGGUCUGAUGGUUGAGGAUUGGUAGAGCGAUUGAAACCAUUUAAACAUGGAUUCCCUGGCAGCAGCAUUCUCCAGUGGCUUUCAAGUGAGCCAUGACCCAAACACCACCGCAGCCCAGCACCCCCGCUACUCGCAGUACAAGACAAAAGGAGACAACUUCAUGCAGAAGAACAGAAGGCGGCGCCUCUUGGAUAUUCAAAAACAGCACAGGUUUGAUGCGGUGGCUCAUUCGAGACGACUGGCCGAUGAUUACUGGAAAGGGAUGGAGAAGGAAGAGGAGGAGGUGGAAGUAGAAGAUAUGGAAGUCCAAGUAUCGGUCAGGAAACCUGGCAGAUACUACAGAAAUCAGCUGAUGAUGUCUGAAUGGCUUGUGGAAGUUCCUGAAGAAUUUGAAGAAGAAUGGCUUAUGGUUCUGUGUCCUGUUGCUAAGCGAACUCUUGUUGUUGCAUCACAUGGUAAAACAGUGGCAUAUAGCAAGGCAGGCUAUCGAAACAACACGUUCCAUUCAUACCUGCCUGGAGGCAGUCGCCAUCAAUCAGGAAAAUAUAACGAUUACACCAUCAUGGAUUGCCUCUUCCACGAAGUGACGGGAACAUACUGGAUUCUAGACCUCAUGUGCUGGAAGUCUAUGCCCAUCUAUGAAACCGAGACUGAAUUUCGAUUUUACUGGCUCCACCAGAAUCUCCAAGAGUUCCCGCAGCUUGGUGUCAAAAGCAGACAAAACCCGUUCAGCUUCCAGGCCUUGCCUCGUUUCCCCUGUACUCCACAGGCAAUAGAGGAAGCUCUUGUAAAUUCCACUUUUGAGAUUGAUGGGAUCUUGUUCUUCCACAAACGAACCCACUACAUGUUUGGCUCGACACCACUUGUGGUAUGGCUCAAGCCGUACAUGCUGCAGGACGUUCUCAAUAUUCCAGUGCCACAGCGGUACCUCCGACAAAUGCCGUCCACGUACAUAGACUACGCACACCACAUCGCCGAGGUGAAGGCUGACAAAUACGGCAACGUACACAGGCGACCACGCAACAAGAGCAAACCGUCAACGCCCGACAGCAAACACUCCGACAGUAACAAGUCCACUCCGGGUAAGACGGACGACAAAGCGGAAAGUAUUGAGGAGAAGGUUCCACAAGAGAAGAAAGUUCUGGGGAUGGAUGUGAAUCAUGUGGGACAGGGAGAUGGUGGCGCACUUACAGCUGGUACCAGUAUGGAGACCACUGCUAGUGCCGAGGAAGUCAGUCAGAGUGAAGCACAGAUCAAACUUUUAAUUCAACCAACUAAGUUUAAGUUAGGAAACAUGAAGAUGUGUGAUAGGGUACUUCCUCCUUCAACGGAGGGAACUUCUGCAAAUGAACAAUGUAAAGCCGAUAUACUGAGCCAGGCCGGGGGUGAUGUUCUAACGUCAUCCGACACAAGUCACAUGGAAGAGGUGGUGGUUUCACCCAACGAUUCAAUGACUGGAGAGCAAAGUCAGUCUGGAGAAACUGGGAAGGAAGGCAAAACCAAACAAUGAAAUCAUAUUCAUGGUUUAAAAACAUUACUCUGAUAGCCGACAACGACUAUUCAAAUUUUGGAGAAAAAGUCAAUUGUUUUGGCUUUUUAUACAAUUUUAACUGUUAUUUCUUCUAAGGUUUUUGGCAUACAUCUGUUUCACAAAGACUGGAAUUGAUCUCAAAUGCUGACAAAUUGAUGUCUAUGUGGCAUAAAGAUAUUGGCUUUUAUUUUUAUUUGGGUAUCACAUCCCUGUUUAAAAACAGAUUAAACUAUGAAGGGUAAAUUAAAACUGCAAACCAUAGCUUCAAGGUAUCUGUGAAGUAUCUGUGGCGUAUUCGUGUGUGUGCGAGUGAAACAAAAACGGAAUUUGUUUAAUACUGAAACGGAAAAAAACGGAAUUUGUAAUAUUAUAAAACGGAAAAGGGAAAAAUCUGAAACGGAAAAUCAGUGCCUCUACAUCACACACAUACAAUUUGUAUGGUGUUGUUAUGACAUUAGUGUCUCAGACUCUAUUAGAGUCUCGACUCUUAAAAGUUUUAUAAGCACCAAGCCUGGUGAAAUUGUGUUUUUUAUUCAGUACUUUAAUUUUUUUAUGGAUUUUCUUAGGAACUCGUGAAGAUUUCCUCAAUCUCCAACAGGACGUUCUCUGUAGUUGGCAUGGAAUUUUCUUUUAUUUCAUUUCCCCCCCAUUUUCCUCAUUUUCUGGAAGCAGUCGGUGCAAGAACAUGCACAUAAAUGUAUUAAAGUGUUGAGUAAACCAGUCAGUGCAAGAACAUGCACAUACAUGUAUUAUAGUAUUGAGUAAACCAGUCAGUGCAAGAACAUGCACAUACAUGUAUUAUAGUGUUGAGUAAACCAGUCAGUGCAAGAACAUGCACAUACAUGUAUUAUAGUAUUGAGUAAACCGUGAGUAUGUGAGCUUUGUUGAUAUACACAAUGAAUAGUUUCUGUGCUGAUUGAAUGAAGAUGACUGAUGAAAAUGUUAUUAAUUUGGUGCACUGUUGGGGGUGGGGAUUAUGUAGAUUAGUGAUAGUGCCCUUACUUGAGGUGUGAUGGGUCAGAGAAGGUCCUUAAUAGAUUGGCUCUCCCCCCCCCCCCCCCCCAUCACAAUCAGUGCCCCACAACUAACUGGUAUGUACUCUCCUACAGAAAGUGCUGUUGAAAAAAUCUCUUGCAGUUGUUAUAUUAGGAAUAUGUAGCUUCAUCAGAUUUCCUCACCAUUCUGUCAAUGAAGUAUUAAAAUGAUCAUGUUAACAUCAAAUAGUAUGGUUUAAAUUGUGCUGUGGUGUCAUUUAAAUAUCCUUUCUAUUCGUUGUGUAGGGAAGUACUACAGGUGUCCAUUAUGUUAAACAAAUCUAGAUCAUCUCAAGUAACAGACUGGCAGGCUAUAUCUAAUCAUUGGUGACAUUGCACUUUUCACUUAUCUAGAUCCUGAUGUAUUCAAUUUGAAUCUGUGAUGUCCACCUAUAAUUUCAAAUCUGACUAUAGCACAGGAGUGUAGAAAUGAAAAAUAUUUCACUAGCCUGCCGGACCAGAACCAACUAAAAUUUACUAGCACACCAGGAUUUUGACUAGUGUCAAAUUACUAGCCUAUAGAACAAUAUAUUAAUGUUUAACAAUAUUAUAAUAUACAGUCUUGACAUCACUUUGUAAGUGAUCAGCAUCAAGUGGCAAAGGAAAUAAAGCCCCAAAUUCACAAAUAUUUUGAAAUAUUCUAAUAAAGACAAAGUUUUUCAGUUCUUUCGUAUAGAUUUAUAAAAUUAAAAAUAUCUCUCCUCUCCCUCUCCCCCCCCCCCCCCAAAUUGACAAAUUGCCCAUUCAGACCAGUAGUUGCAUUUUUCAAAAUGUUUACUUUCAUUAGGCAAGUACUUUUUUCUGAAGUUUUAAACUGUUAAAACAUGUUUUGUAAAAACCAUGACAUUGGACAUCUUGGUUCUGGUUGUCAGUCGUUGAUAGGAUCAUGUUCAGCAUACAUGCGAGUAUUGUUUUGUUUAUGUCACUUGGAAUAAUUCUUAAUUGGAAUGUUGAUUUUCAAGUUUAUGUUUUUUAAUAUGUAAUCAAAAAUAAAAUGUAAAGACUA